AUGAACGUCGAACAGUUCAGUACUCCCAAGAAGGGCCAGCUUGAACCAGAAAGUCCACCAGCACUGCCAUCGUGCCUGAAAUCUAAUGAAAAAUCACCGUACAGCCACAGACAGAGCCCAUCCCAGGUAAGAUUCUCACUGCCUUCAAAAGACGAGUCAACAAGCUCUGUAGAAGCAGAAUACUCGCCCACGAAAAGUUCUUCGGCCAAAAUAGUAUUCCCCACAAGUUGUGAUGACAGUAUGACGCACUUCAUGGACAUUCAAAACAGGGUCAUGAUCGAUGUGCCCGAGGAUAUAUGGAAAUUUCACCACAAUAAUUCCUACAAGACAAGGCUCUCAGUUCCUUCAUUGGAUUUUUCAACCUCUGAGAAGAAUGUAAAAUCUUCCCAUCGUCGCACGCAAUCACUUCAAUCUGUCAUAGCGGGGACAAUUCAAUCAUAUCACAAAUCACCACGCAAACUCAACUUUGCGAGCGCUGAUAUGUCUCCUGUGCGUUUAGCCCCAAAUGAAAAUAGUGAGCUAUAUCUAAGGUCUGAUUCCCCACUAAACAAGUUCAAAGUUCCUGUACCAUUGGAAAUAUCACUGCCGCCUUAUCUCUCCCCUGAAAAUAAGUCAAAGCGGAGGAACAGUAUUGUUUACGAUGGGGAAGGAUAUAGUAAUUUCUUAGGAGAUGACAGCUCACCUGAUACCAGCGAAGGGCAAUUUGGCGAAGAUUCUAUUGAAAAGUCUGAUGUUAAUAUAAGCGACUUGUCAAUCCCUUCUGCUUCUUAUGACUUUUCUUUCGAAGCUGAUGAAGAUGUUGACAAAGUUUUGGGUAUAGACAGAGACGCAAAUGUAAGCUUAAAGUCCCAAGCAAGAAACUUGCUGAAAAAACCUUCAAGUGCUGGGGACAAUCUGGAAAAACAAACUCCAGUUUCAAGUCCAAUCAAACCUUCAAGUCUUCCUCUCGAAAGAAAUUCCAUCCUCCCGAUCAAAUCUAAUGAACAAAGCAAUUCUUUGAAAAUACUAAUGACACCAUCAAAAACUAUUCAUAUACCGGACUUCGAUCACGAACCCACGCCUAUAAAGACAAAUGCGCUUAGUGGCUUUUUUGCAAUUUCUGAAGGUGAAUCAGACCGCACUGAAGUUGGGAACAUAACGCCCACUAAAGCAAGAGAUGAGCUGGAUCAGAACUAUAGGUUCCCUUCUUUUGCCCCUCUCGCUAAUAAAACACCAUCACAACACUUGGAUUUUUUAAAGGUGGCUGAUUCACCAAACAAUUCUGCAUUUGAAGAUCGAAGACGUAUGCUUCAAACUCAGUCCAAGAGCCCAGCUAAACCAAAUGGGCACAUGCAUAGGAGAAGCAGAAGUAUUCAUAAUACUGGGGAGCUAUUUAUGAAUAACAUGAAGCCGUUGCCUCAAUCAGGCACUCCAGAAAGAGUUCCUGAAAGGUCACCUUUACGUCCACCAACUACUCCCACGAAAAUAAAUGAGGCAUCUGAAUCGACAUCACUCUUGGUGAAUAAGCCUUAUGAGAGCAUUUCUUUUACAAAUACAGACCCUAUGAUGGGCAAUUUAAAUGAUGUUUAUGAACCGUCUCGACACAGUAAAGGUUCAUCUGCUUCUCAAACAGACGAACAAAGUUCUCAUAAUCAAAUUCCAAUGGCCAAGAUUAGUUCCAAACCAUGGGGUGACCCUGGAGUUAUAGGAGUAGCUCCUGAGUUAAAAGUAACUCCUGCAGCAACCUCACUAGAGGCAUCAAGCUCACGCAGCUCGCAAACAUCAUUGGCCAGAAGUUUUUUUGAGGACGAUUAUUGUAGUUCUAACGGUUCAGCAUCUUCUUCUGGUUCUAAUAUGGUAUCGAACCACAGCACAGAUGAAGAUAUUUGUAUUAGCCAGGACAGUAUAGAAAUUAUUGGUGAAAAUAAGUCGUCAGAUAUUCUUCCAUUGUCCACCUAUCACUCAUUUAGAACACCACUAGAAGUCCCAUCCGAGAUUGAACCCAAUGUGAAAAUAAAAUUCACGCCAAGAAACGCCAAUAUGUUAUCUCCAUCACGACAGUUAUCAAAUGGCUACAGCCAUUCUUCGUAUGAAUCUGAUUUCUCGGCUAGAUCCCAUCAAACAAGCGUCACUUCGUAUUCUGCCCAGGGUCCCAUCACUGCUGAGGCCGCAAAAGUCAGAAAAUCCGAUCAUUAUCCAAAUGAUAAACCUCUUAACCCUAUUAAUAAAGAGUAUUCCGUUGAUAGUUCUCGAGCGACAAAAUCUCAGUAUAUUUCCCGGAAGAAGAGCAGUGCGAUACAGUCAUAUUUAAAUGAGGAUAAAACAAUAAAAGAAAAUAUCAACGGAAAAUUAGUCGAUGUAAUCAUUUUGGAUGAUGAUAGCGAUAAUGAUGGUAAGAGUACUAGAAAAAAUGAGGUUGGUGAGAAGGGAAGGAUAAGAAGACGACCUAACUCAUUCCAUGAAGAAGCGCUGGAGAACUAUCAGGAAAUUUUGGAUCUUUGUGACACUACAGCAGAGCGAGCCCGCAAUAUUAUAAUUGAGUUGGUUAAAACGAAGGGGCAAGCAAGAUCGAAGAUGAAUCAAUAUCAACGUGUUCUUCCUCCCUUACCCCCUUCCUGUGACUUCAAUUUUAGUAAUGGGAGCAGUCAAAUCCCCCUCUCCACUGGCAUAGAUAUCGGGGAACAGCAUUUAGGGAAGUCUUCACCAAAACCGUACGUUUCGAAAAUCAAUAGACUGAUGAAGACAAAGAAUCCCGCUGAAUUUCUUUAG